ACGAUCACCUACCAAAGCCACUCCUAUAUCUGCCACCAGCAUACUGUCCCUUGUACCUCCUCCCUUCUCCUUCCCUGUCUCUCCGUCUCUCCGGCCACAUAAGUUUGCGAUGGCAUCGAGGGACGGCUCCCCAGACCACAGCCGCUGGUCCCACGCCUCCAGCCCGGCCCCGAGGGGCAGCACGCCGGGUGACAACGUCGAAAUCAGCAUUAUCAAAUCCGAGCCCGGCCAGGGAAGCAAGCGGCCAAAGAACAAAUCCACCGCUACCGCCGCAGCCUCGUCGUUCCCUACCGUAGGAAAGAUUCGGCACCUCAAGAAGGAGGAUGGAGAACCGUUGUGGAGACGAGACAUCCAGUACGACUUUCUCAAGGCCGUCUUCGAUGACGAACGAGAGGUGUUCACCAACAGUUACGAACCCGAGCGAAGCAAGAAGGAUAAGCAGAGCUUUGCCGAUCUCUACAUCGAUACCAUGGCGAGAAGCAGCAAGACCAGCAAAGUCCUCCGAGAUAAGCUCCUGAGUGACCGUGAGGCCGCAAAGAGCAUGGCUAUGGUCUGCCUGCUCGUCAACGUGGGUCGGAUGAACACGACGUUGAACUUUUUUCCCGAGAUGAGAGCUCAGCUCCGGACGUAUCACGCCAUCCCUUCGUUACAAGCCCAUCAAGAUGCCUCCGCCUACAAACAACUCCAGGAUGCCCCUCGGUUGAAGUCGAUAUUAAAGGGUGCGGCCGAAGACCGACCGGAACCACACGAACUCGCCGAGUUUAAAGGAAUGGACCCUCCGCGAUCGAACCCGGUCAACCUCAUCUUCCUGAUCUGCCAGCAGGCUUCGUAUAUCGCCGACCUGCACUUCCCACCUUCCGCCGAGUUCCACGAUCUCAUCAUGAAAACGAACUACACAAGCAAGUCGCGCGCCAGAGCCUUUUUAUGGCUUAUGUGGUUCUACCUAGAGUCCGAUUUCACAGAAGAGGGUUGCGAAGAGAACCCAUUUGGUCCCGGUGUUGACUACGGCACCGAGGUAGCGAACCAAGGAGUGCCCCGGAUGGAGGAGAUGACCCCAGAAGAGGAGGACCGCGAGAACAUCGACCCGCCAGAGGAGAUCGACUUUGGGCGGGAGAAGCAAAACCACCGGGCUAAGAUCAUUGCGGCCGACCAGGCGUAUAUGGCAGACCACCAGACCAAGCGCGGAUCGAGGGGAAAGAUUAUAGCCGACGAUGGACCGGCGGCUACCAUUCUCCCGCGGAUACGCCCGUCGAAGCAGGAGUCCGAUAUGGAUAGCACACGGUCCACCCCACCACCUAGGGCCCUAUCUCGCAUCGCCGUCGGCAGCACCGGCCGGCGGGGCGGCGCACCUCUGAAAAAUCUGAUUUUCGAUGGUUCUUCGCCUGCCGGGCCGGGGUCCCACGUCAUUGAAGGUAUUCUUCCACGCAAGCCACGCCCUCCCACCGCGCAUCAGCUGGCAGUUGAGCGGAACCGGAACCAACGGGUCGAGCAUAUCCUCGGCCGCGGACUGCGAAGGCAACAUCACCGCUCACGGAAGGUGCGGCGGCAAGAAGGUGCGAUUCUCCGCGCCAGGCGCCGCCUGGCCGCAAUGAAAGACCCGCUCGUAGACAGCGACGAAGAAUACAUGAUGUCGCACCGAGACCAGAAGUUGCCCUUCAUGGACCGAGGCUUCGGUGGGCUCUGCCAGCUGAGCGUGGAGGAGGACGACUUCGGCGAAGAGUUCGCGUCCUACUCGGCGGCGCUCCGGAGAGCCGACCGUCGGCUUCGACGGUGGGCCGGUCGGCCGGAACUAGGGGUUGUGCCAACGACAAAGAAGCGUGUCGCGGCACCGGUUUCCGAGUUCGCAUCCCCAGAACCGCGGGCAAGCCGGGGGAGAAAUGGCAGCCCAGGAAAGAGGGACAGGGCAAAGACUAAGCAGCAUAACCACGGCAACGGGGACGUCACGAUGGAAGAUGCCGACGACUUGGAUGAUGUGGAUAAAGAACUUCUCGGCCUCGGUAGCGGGGGCGAGGACGGCGAGGGCGAGGGUGAGGGCGAAGGCGAAGGUGAGGGAGAGGGCGAGGGUGAAGGUAAGGAUGACUAUGAGGACAUAGACAAUAUCGGCAAAGCCCUCUUGGGGAUCGAUGGUUCGGACGGCACAGACAGUUCGUAGUGGCUAGCCGUUAUUGCUACGGAUGCAGCACAGAGCCAACACGGCGUUCGAACGGUACACAGAGUCAGCGCCGGCCGACACGGCGCUGUGCAGGCGAGGAUACGGAAUACGAUGCGUGUCGGAGGGGAGAGGAGAAGGGCGUGGACGGGGCAGGCAACUAUCUACUCUCUCCCUCUCUCGGUUGUGUUGGUUGCAUUAACCCUUUUUUUAAGCAAAAAAAAAGAGAGAAAGAAAAAAAACUCUACCCCACCAUAUCAACACUAUAAUAUUUUGGCAUCGACGUUAUCCUAGGGGGUUUAGCAGUGUGUGACUCGAGCGGUAGAGGCGGUAUUCGAGACUCUACGGUGUACUAAUACUAGAUGACGGCUCACGGGUACGAUACGUGUUGGGAACGUGUGAUAU